GUUCCGAUCUUUAAUUAUAAUUUAGUAUUCGUGUUAAGAAUAUGACAUUUUGCUUUCAUUUCACACAAUAUAUAUCAUUUACAAAUUAUGUCGUAUCGCUAUUACAUUAUAAUAUCCCGCGCAUCGCGCGGGUGAAAAUCUAGUUUCCUCAAAAAUAAAAGAAUUUGGAAAGGUACGAGUUUUUAUUAGGUCCCAUGCUCCCACUACGAGAAAGAAGAAAGCCACGUUUUCUCUCUCAUACACUGAUCAUGGGUCAAAACAAAUCAACUCUUCCUGACUUUAUCAUCUCUUUUUAGUGGGCUGACAAACAUUUCCAGAUCUCUCUCCGCCUGAUCUUCCAUGUCCGAAACUCAGCAACGAUUCCGCGGCGUCCGGCAACGCCGUAUGGGAUGGACCGCCGAAAUUCGCCACCCUCUUCUGAAGAACAAAAUAUGCAUAGGAACAUACAAAAAAGCAGAGGACGCGGCGAGGGCGUACGACGAAGCUGCGAGGCUGAUACACGGAGAAAAGGCGAAACAGAAUUUCCCUUACGAAGCCGCUAGUGAUGAUUCGGAAUCAUCUACGUCAGUGAAGUUCCUUUCUGCUAAACUGAUUGCUAAAAUUCAAAGGUGUCAAAAGGCAUCGGUCGAUCUCGCUAAAAGUCUCGCCGGUGCGUCCCGCGGCCAAAAGUAUCUAUCUCCGACGGCGGUUAGUAGCGGAGUUGGAGUUGCCGAGAAGAAGAACGAGCGAAACGGCAGCAUCGAUCCGCCGGAGAGUUCAGUGGGAUGUCAAGGUCGCUGACUCGCAUGUGUGUGGACAAGAAUUGAUCAAGGCUUAGGCUCGUCUAUUGGAUGUUUAUCACUUUAUUGCAUAAAAAACUGUUUAAACUCACCCUUGCUCACUUUUAUACAUGUCUGUGUAAAUAUGUCUUGUAAAUUAUUCUGAUUGACGGACAAAAAAAUAUCCUUCACAAACAUGGUGGGUAUAAGAAGUUAAGGUAUUUUGUCUGUGUAUCACGAGCGUUAAGCUAUUUUUAGUUAUGCCACUGUUACGUCAUUCACCCUUUUGGAUUUUUUUCCUGUGUAGUAUCGACUAUUAAAAACGACACUUUUCGUAAAU